AUGGCACCCACCCAGAACGCCCGAUUGAUCUUUAACAAGGUUCCCAAGGACUUUCCUGUCCCUGGUGAGACCACCGUCUACGAGACGUCCGAGACGAUUGAUCUCGACAAUGUCCCAUUGAACGGUGGUAUCCUUACCAAAACCCUCUACCUCUCCAUCGAUCCUUACUUCCGUGGUCGUAUGAGAGACGAGAGCAAGAAAUCGUAUUCGAGCGCUUUCUCUCUCGGGAAACCAAUUCUUGGCUUUAGUGUCUCUCGUGUGUUACGAUCCGAGAGGUCUGACAUUAAGCAGGGAGACCAUGUUUAUGUGACCGAGACCCCUUUCCAAGAGUACAAUGUUCUCUCUGCUAAACACCCUGUUAUGGUUAUUGAGAACAAGGAAAACCUACCGUGGUCUCUGUACGUUGGUAUCUUGGGGAUGCCAGGUAAAACCGCCUACUAUGCUCUUGACGUGAUCGGAAAGCCCCAAAAGGGUGAGACUAUCUACGUUUCUACCGGUGCUGGGCCAGUCGGAGCUACCGUGUCUCAAAUAUGCAAGGCCGCCGGACUCAAAGUCAUCGCCUCCGCUGGCUCUGAUGACAAGGUGGAAUUCUUAAAGAGCAUCGGUGUCGAUAUCGCAUUCAACUACAAGAAAGACAAGAUUUCCGAUGUACUCACAAAGGAAGGCCCGAUUAAUAUUUACUGGGACAAUGUUGGAGGUGAGAGCCUCGAUGCUGCGCUCGAAGCAUGCAAGGAGCAUGCUCGCAUCAUUUGCUGUGGCGCUAUCUCGGCGUACAACAACGUCCCUACCCCUAUCAAGAACUGGAUGUACUUCCUGGCCAAGAGGCUCACCGUUCGCGGGUUCGUUGUUAGCGAGCUCGAAGCCGAAGUUGGCAACCCCAAAAUCUUCUACGAGAAGAUGGUGCCGCUUGUGGCGAAUGGCCAAAUCAAGUGGAACGAACACGUAUUCGAGGGGCUAGACAAGGCUGGCGAUGCGAUUUUGGCCGUUCAGAAGGGAGACAACACUGCCAAAACCGUCGUCAAAGUUGCCGAUGCAUAA